GUCCUUUUUAAGCGGCCCUUGGCCGCGGUCCUACAGGGCCGCGGCGGCGGCCGUCGCCCCUGCCGCGGCCCGGCCGCGCGCCAGAGGCACAACGCUGCGCACACGCCAACGCGCCGCUUUUUUUUUGCGACGCGGACCGCAGUAUAUAAACCAAGCAUGGCUACCCCCACAGGGAGCCUAGACGAUGGCCGAGAUCCACGAUGGCCAAAAAAGAAUCACGGACUGCUUCCAAAAGAAGUCCGACGAGGACACGAAGUGCCCGCCCAAGAUUUCGUCGGAUCCGUCGCACGACGCCGCGCCCGCGCUGAAGCCUGCGCCGAAGCCGGCGCAGAAGCCGGCGCCGAAGCCGGCGCCGGAGCCGUCUAGCUUCGAAGUGGCUCCCAAGAAGAAGGCUGCUCCCCUGCCGGAGUAUAGACCACUCGACCUCACGAAGCGGCAGGCCCUCGCCACCGAAUAUUACCAGGACAAGAUAUUAACUAGUCAACGCGCGGAGACCCUAGCCGAGAAGCACACCAUAGAAAAGAAUCAAGUGACUAGAUACUUUGCUAGGCUGAGAGAAGUAGAUCCUAGUUACCAGAAAAGGAGCUACUCCACCAAAAAAAGCCGCGAACCUGUAGAGCAGGUCCUCAUUAAGGCGUUCAACGAGUCGACGGUCUUAUCUGAACAACGGGCGAAAGACCUGGGGAAAGAGACUGGUUUGACGCCGAGCCAAGUACAACAUUGGUUUGCGAGAAGAAGAGAAGAGGAGGAAAAACAAACAAUUAGGCCAGAGACAUUGAAUGCCAUCCAAGAGGCGGCCCUCGAAGAUGCGUUUCAAGAGUCGCCCAUUUUAAGUGAUUCGCGAGCCGAGGCCCUCGCCGAAAGUCUCAAAUGUACCUUUGCUCAAGUUAAAACCUAUUUUCAUAAGAGAAGAGGACCUAGCCAAAGACAACUGCUGGCAGGCGCCUACUACCCUCUACAGCGCCCGAACGGUUACGAAGGGCGUCUCCACGGGCCAAAUAUUAGGUGCGAGUUCUUCCAGGCCGGCGACUGCGAGGUGUGUGAGGACGUUACUAGAGAGUGCAUAGGCAAAAAGAAGGAAAGCGACGGGCUUGUCGAGCCUUUUCCAGCCGAAGUGCGGCUGGAGUUAGAUGAUUGUCUCAAAAAAAGACUUUUCGGCCCACACAACAUUAUUGAUACUAGAGAUGCUACUUCGCGAACCUUCUUCGCGAAUUUGAACUCCAAGAAGCCGAAGGUCGUCGAUCUGACGUGAGGAGCUCCCGGCGCGAAGGCUGUGCCGCGUCGUCCCCCAUCCCCAAAAGAGAGAGACGCUCGCCACGCGCCUGGGAAACGCGUCGCUCGAACGUUUAAGCGAUGAAAACU